CAAUAUCUGCAGACGGAUCCGUUUCGGCCUAUAUAUAUAUACAUACAAAAGUAAGAAUAUUAGUGCUGUAAUCUUAAAAAAUAUAUAUUCUAUUAUUAAUCCAUAUAUGUUAACUUAGGCAUAGGCCUAUAUGUUUUUGCUUCCCAGUUGACUUAGUUGAUUUAGGGAUUGACGGCUUUACUAUAUUUAGGCAUUAACGGCUUCAUUAUGUUAACCGUUUUUUAGCGGUUCUAUUGUUUUAUCAUCAUUCAACAGUUUGUAGGUACAGUAUUCACGCCCAUGCUUUUAUCUUAUGUCUUUUGUAAUAAAGUAUGCUUCUUAUAAGUUCCGGCGUUGACAUCCGUGUCAUUACCUGAUGAAUAGCUAUGCUCGAAAUGUAUUAUUUCUAAUAAAUAUUGGCAAUGUCUUACUUCACGCUUUGCGUUAUUAUUUGUCUAACAUAAGACAACAGACUAAGUAUUUUUGCACAGCUGUGGUGACAACAUUGGGGUCUUCAAUGGAGAUGAUAUCUCGUUGUAAUACAUUCCAUUCUUUGAGAGUUCUUGGUUAAAUACUACUUGUAUGUAUCUUUGAAUGCCUGGAGUCCUUGGCAUGGAAAGCAAUGGCUGUGUUUAGUUUGGCGGAGUGUAGGAGUUAGACAGAUUCUGUUUGUAGCGUUUAAUCUCUCCUUCUUCCAUUCAGGUUUAGAUGUCACGAUUUAUAUUAGUUCUUACACUGCUGCCAAAAAUGUCACAAUCAAAUGUUCUGCAAAUGGCACUCAACUUCACGAAAUAUGUCUCUUUAUGGAUGGCCAUGUUAUAAAGACAGAAAAUGAUUCACCUCUAAUGCAUAAGAUAGACAUAGUAACAGAGAGUGAUGGAGGAAGCUACAAAUGUACAGCGACAGACAGAUUUAAUUUAACUAAACAAAGUGAAACAAAAGUUCUCAAUUACUAUCCACCUGAAUAUGUUGAUUACAUUACUGUUGCUCCUGGUGAGAAUGCCACUAUUGCACCAGUCGUUUUAGCUAAUCCUAAUGAAGUUACUUACCAAUGGAUCACUGAAUUGAAUGACACAGAUACAGACCCAAGAACCUUCACAUUCAAGGCAUCAGACGUUGUUGGCACAAACUAUACAGUAACAGUGAAUGCUACUAAUAACAUUGGAUCAGCAAUCAAAUUAAUCGAAGUCUUAAGCGUUGACUAUUGUGUUUCUAGUCCAUGUGGAAAUAAAGGGACUUGUAUAUCUGCUAAUUUUGAGUUUACAUGUGAAUGUAAACCAGGCUACAGUGGGAGAUAUUGUGAAAAUAGUGUUAACAAAGGCACAAAUAGGCAAGAGGAGUGCGAACCAAAGACAGAACUUAGAUGCACAAGUUUGACAAUUGGAAUGUUGUUUGUGGGUGGUAUAAUUGUUGGGGCCUUCGGAACGGUAAUUGGUGGAUUGAUCGGCUACACGAGGAUUAAACGGAAGGCACAAAUAGGCAAGAGGAGUGCGAACCAGAGACAGAACUUAGAUACUUACAUGGACUACGUAGUAGAUGAUCCAACUGCUGGCAAUAAAGACCAAACUUACCAAGAUCUACAACAUAGAGAAGAAGAAACAGCUCAUGUUAAUGCGAUGCCGAGAAAGAAAUAAGAGUAGAGAGAGCAGUAGCUGGUUGGAGUGAAUGCUUGUUACUUGUGCAAGGGUCAUUAUAAUCACAGCGAAAUUUAUCACUGAUGAUUGUACAACCACGAAUCCAAGAAUUGUUUUAAGCUCUGCCUAGAUUAUGAUUUUUUUUUUUACAAAAUAUGUAGUAUGUCCACGUAAAAUCAUGAUGUGCCUAUUUGGUGAUGAUAAUGAUGUCAUCAGACCAUAUUUAGACAUGUCACGUGUUUUUAAAAAUAACAUUUGAUAGUCUGGACAGGGCUUAAGUCACGUGUCACUCCAAAUAUCAUACAUAACUCACGUAGAUUCAUAUAUAUUAUUAUUAUAUUUAAAAUACUAUGCUUAGAAAAGGUAGCAUAUGAUGAAGUUGACAAAGCACAUAGUUAGACAACACUUUAAUAUACUUUUUUAACAACCUUUAUAACCGUUUAUAAUUUUAGACUAGACAAACGUUUGAAUGUAAUGAAUCCCAUAUAUCGAACUUGGACGUUUAUAUAAUCAUGUACUAUUUUGAGUAAGGACAACAUGUUUGUGCCGAUUUACCGUCCAGACGCGUGCACAGCUCUGGAAGAAAUAUACUCUGGAAAAAAUAUAUCGUAGCAAAUAUCUUACCAUUAUUGGCAUAUUUUGAGUUUAUAUGCAUGUCUAUUAAAUUAUCAUUAAUAAUAAAUAUUGGACGAUGUCUUGUCACGCUACAAAAGCAGCAUGUGUGAGAAGUCAUUAUACAAAUUCCGUUCGUACUGUACAGUAAAAGCAGCAGAGUAUUCAGUAGGUAAGUGGCACUUCAGUGAGUGCGACUGACACAAUCUCGUGUAUUUUUACGAAAUAUAAUGGAAUAAAAUAUAUUGACCAUGUUAAUCACUAAAAUAAGUCAAUAUGUGAAGUAUUCUUGAAUAAAUAAAUAAAAGGAAGUCUAUUAUAGACUACAUCAUUCACAACAUUUUAGCAUUUAUUGUAUAAUCUAUUUACCAUAUGUUUACCAGUAGGCAUAGUAUCUUACCUGCUUUGACUUUAUAACCACAAUUAUUAUUGGCUAUAUUUAAAAUAUAAUAAUUUGCAAACGUCUUUCUAAAAUUACAGUUAAAGACUAAACCGUAUUUAAUAUUUGCUUUAGAAUGUGCAGUAUUUGGCCAACUGAGCUUUAAAAAAUGAUUAUUUUAUGGGCGGAUCCAUAGGGGGUGAAGGUCGUCGACGUCCGGUUUUCCCACCACUCUUAACAUGUUAAAGCAGGGGGUUAUUUAGGGGGUGGGUCUCCCCCUUUUGGAAAGUAAACUAAAGAAAAAAAUUGGAUCGCCCAAAUAUAUAUAUGCAUCGAACAUAAUAUUUUGUAUACAAAAUUAUUUUGGCAUUUUUAAAGUUUUAUAAAGUAUUUGUUACCCUUAUCAGUGUAUUGAUGUAUUUAUUCAGAUUAGAGAAGCUUACUCCAUAUUCCACGCUUGCAAUCCUGUUUUCUUGGCACACCACUGUAGGCCUAAAUUAUAGAGCUUGUAACUAGGUACUUAAGGAAUAUAUUCAACAUACUGGAAUAUAUUUUGUUUGCUUAUUUUUGCUUCAAACUAUUUAGUAUUUUGUCAUUAAAUUUUUAAAGUAUUGGUAAUAACACUCAUUCAAUGAGGUGUGUCACACUUGCAGUGGAAAUCCUUACCUCAUCUCUUUUUUAACCAUUCGUCUUUCUGUAAUUAUCAUUUUUCUAUCUAAUUUAUCUAUAUUUUCCAUACAUCAUCUUAUUAUCAUUAUCUUAUUUGGUAUCUUUCUGCCUUUUUCUUCAUGUUCCUAUUUUCUUACCCUCUACUGACUCACCCAUUCACCCCCCCCCCCCCCCCGGCGAUUGCAAAUUUCUUAUUUUAUCAUGAAUAAAAAGUGUAGCCGCGUUGGUCUUCUAUAGAACAACGUAAGAAAUGACAACAGUACUUUUAACACUAAUUUGUAUAGAAUGUAUUAUUCUUCACACAUUAAUCUGUGGACUUAAUCAGGACGCAUCCAAUUUGCACAAUCUCCUGAUGAAGUCCACUUGUGGACAAAAGCUGGAGAAUACAUUUUAAAAUCAAGUUAGUCUUAAAAGUGCUGUUGUCAUUUCUUAUAUCAUUUUGUUCCUCUUGUCUGUCAUUUUUCGGAGUCACCAUACUCAUAUAUUUUUUACAUUAUGUUUUGCUGUUACAAUUCCGAAAAUUUUAUUAUGCAAUAUUUAGUAAUAAUAAUGAAUAGUGUACAAUAAUCCUUUGUUUUUUAAAGUGUUUCGUAGUUUCACUAUGAUAAGAGAGCAAACAGUGUUUUUCCAUUUCUUUUUUAAUGCAUUUAUAUUGUUAAUAUCGAUUAUUAUUUCUGUUUUAAUGCAAUAUGCUACAAAGUAUGUCACAACUUAGCCUGGCCACUAGACCACAAUGAUGCACAUGUCGAAUGUUUAUAUGGUAUAGGCCUAUUACUGUAUUAAUUAGGCCAUUGGAUUGGUUAUAAGUGUAAAUUUAUAUGAUCGUUCAAAUUUGUUUGAAAAAAUGAAAUCUUAUUUCUUUAAUAUGUUAGCAUUCUUCUCAGUUAUAUUCGGCAAAUUAUUUCCCGAAAUAUUACAUAUUCGUAUCAGUGAAUAAUUGCUUACGCUACUAGCUAUUUUUUGGCAAACAAAUAAACUAAUUAUUUAGUAAA